AUGGUUUCUUGGAUACUCAAGUUGCUGCUGCUACAACUUUGUCUUGUGUUGUUGAUUCAGCAUGUUGAUCCAAGCUCCAUCAUCAGAUAUCUUCCUGGUUUUGAAGGCGCUCUUCCUUUUGAGCUUGAAACCGGGUAUAUUGGUGUUGGCGAGGCAGAGGAAGAUCAAAUGUUCUACUACUUCAUCAAAUCUGAGAGAAACCCAAAAGAAGACCCUCUUCUUGUCUGGUUAACUGGAGGACCUGGCUGCUCUUCUUUCUCUGGCCUUGUUUAUGAGAAUGGACCUCUUGCUUUCAAGGUUGAGGCCUACAAUGGAAGUAUCCCCUCCUUAGUCUCUACCACAUAUUCAUGGACUAAGGUGGCGAAUAUAAUCUAUUUGGACCAACCUGUUGGGACUGGCUUCUCCUACUCAAGAAACCCACUUGCUGACAUACCAAGUAACACAGGAUCAGCUAAGCGGGUCGAUGAGUUUGUUCGCAAGUGGCUAGCCAAACAUCCUGAGUAUUUCUCUAAUCCUUUCUAUGUUGCCGGGAAUUCUUAUUCCGGUUUGGUGAUUCCAGCCAUCGUUCAAGAAAUCUCAAAUGGAAAUUCUAUAUGCUGUGAACCUCAAAUAAAUCUUCAGGGCUACGUGCUUGGAAACCCGAUAACAGACGGUAAUCUUGAUGGAAACUCUCGCAUCCCAUUUGCUCAUGGAAAGGCACUCAUCUCUGAUGAACUCUACGUGUCGAUGAAGAGAAGCUGUGGAGGAAUUUAUUUUAAUGUGUUUCCUCUUAACAAAGAAUGCUUGAAACUCGUUCAAGAGUAUAAGAAGUGUGUUUUUAGAAUAUAUGAAGAACUUAUCCUAGCAUCAAACUGUGACCCUACAUAUCCUAAUUGCUAUACAUAUAGGUAUUCUCUGUCCGAAUAUUGGGCUAAUAAUGAGAGCGUACGCAGAGCUCUUAAAGUGGUCAAGGGGACAACAGGGAAAUGGAAACGAUGUGACUAUAGUGUGCGGUGCACUCAAGACAUUAAAAGCAGCAUACCGUACCAUAUUAAUAACAGCAUCAAAGGAUAUCGAUCUCUUAUCCUCAGUGGUGAUCACGAUAUGACAAUCCCUUUCGUGUCAACUCGAGCAUGGAUAGCAUCUCUUAACUAUUCCAUUGUUGAGAAAUGGAGGCCUUGGAUGAUUCUUGAUAAAGUUGAUGGUUACUCUCAGACUUAUGCUAAUAAGAUGACAUUUGCUACUGUGAAGGGGGGCGGGCACACGUUAGAGUAUAAACCAGAGGAGAGUUCAAUUCUGUUCAAGAGGUGGAUUAGUGGCCAACCUCUCUAA